CUGCCUCGGUUUUUGGAUUCGGUUUGUCAAAAAGCAUAGAAUUGAGCUGGCUUCUUUCUUCGUGCUUCGAUUAUUGUGCAAAGAAAUAGUGAAACAAUCCAAAAUAUAUAUAGUUUUAAAGCGUUUAAAUAUGCCAAGCUGCUCCGACUCAAAUCAUUAAAUUUAUUGAAAGUGAUUUUACAAUACUACCGCCGAUAGCUUUAUUGAUUUUCUUAAGCAAACGGCGAACGAUAUCAGCUGCAGUGGAACAGCAUAACCGAUUAGCCGACUAUACAAUUCAACAAAAGCCAACUACCAAAUCGGUCUCACUCCACAUAAAUAAAAACAUACAUAUGUUCGAAUUGUUCCGGUCGGCCCCUACCUAUCUCCGGUAAAGUAGAAAUCUAUCGGUUUACCCCACACGCCGCGACUGUCUGUAUUAACGGGCUCCCACCUCACAAAACAAAGUUUUAUUUGCUAGCGAUUAAUUUUCAUAAUAUUUUUGUGCAAUUCGUCACAACUGCUAAAAAUAGACUCGAACUCGCCGAGUGAAGAUCAGGACGGCUAAGAAGGGAAAGACAUCUGGUAAUUUCGCAGAUUGCUGGUGCCUGCAUCGAUCUCAAUAAUCGAAGUCUUGUAUAAUCGGGGACAACUUCAACCUCGGUUUAAUUUCAAAAGGUUUUGAAGCGCUCGCAAAAGUAAUGGAGUUUCUAUUUGGAUCACGUUCAAGCAAAACCUUUAAACCUAAGAAGAAUAUACCCGAAGGUACUCACCAAUAUGAUUUAAUGAAACAUGCGGCAGCAACAUUAGGUUCGGGAAAUUUGCGUAAUGCCGUGGCUUUGCCGGAUGGUGAAGAUCUCAACGAAUGGGUCGCUGUAAAUACUGUCGACUUUUUCAAUCAAAUAAAUAUGUUGUAUGGCACCAUCACUGAGUUUUGUACCGAAGAAAGUUGUGUCAUUAUGUCAGCCGGUCCGAAAUAUGAAUAUCAUUGGGCGGAUGGACUCACCGUUAAGAAACCAAUCAAAUGCAGUGCACCGAAGUACAUUGAUUAUCUUAUGACAUGGGUGCAAGAUCAACUAGACGAUGAGACAUUAUUUCCGUCAAAAAUCGGCAUACCGUUUCCAAAGAAUUUUCUCAGCAUAGCGAAAACUAUAUUAAAACGCCUAUUUCGUGUAUAUGCUCAUAUUUACCAUCAACAUUUCUCCGAGGUCGUAACACUGGGUGAAGAGGCACACCUGAACACAUCUUUCAAACACUUUAUAUUCUUUGUACAAGAAUUCAAUUUGAUUGAUCGCCGAGAAUUGGCACCACUGCAGGAACUCAUUGAUAAAUUAACAGCAAAAGAUGAGCGGCAAAUAUAGGAUUCAAUGCAAGUCGGUAUGCAGUUGGAAUUUUGAGUGUGAAAGAUAAAACGGAUUGGAGACAAUAUGAGCCAUGACAUAGUGAAGCAAUGAGAUACAAAAGCAGUGUUUGAGCCUGUAGAAACAAAAUAUAAAAUAUGCAAUGGCGGUCUCUUAUAUGUAUGUCCGUUUUAUUAUUAUUAUUAGUAACUUUAUCGAAAACUGCGAACGAUGCCGAUGCUUAAAUAUUAGCGAUAAAAAAAUAUAUAAAUAUAUAUUUUUAUAAUUUGAAAAAUGUAUGUAUUAUGAACGUUUAAUCGUCUACAUAGUAUGCUUGCAUUAUUAUAAUUAGAAUUUACAGUUAAAUAAUUUAUCUCAUUUUUUAUUUUUAUUUUUAAAAUGGCUUGAACAGCUAAAAAUGCAAUACACCUAUUUGAUUAGUUACUGCUUUAAUAUAUAUUUACAAUUCUAAGAUUUAUUUAAAGAAUACUAGUUGUAAGCUCGAAAAAAUAUUCUAUAUCAAAAAAAAAAGGAAGGAAACUUAAAAAAUAUUAGCGGCACGCU